CUGUCAGACGAAUGUUCGGAUGGAGAGCUGCUGCAGCCCGACACUGAACUUCAGCGGAGUUUAAAAACAGGUUGUUUGAAGCGUCAAGGGCGGAAAACAGCAAACCUCCGCCUCCUCCUCCGCCUCCUCCUCCUCUGCCAGCCCAUCUUUCCUCUGGAGGAAAAGGAGGCCAGUCGGCGUGUGCUCUGCUGCGCCUGCGGUGGAGGAAAAGGUGGUUGACAGCAUCACCCGACCUGUCUCCAAAAAAAAAAAUCUGAGAAAUCUCAUCUCUUGAAGCAGCUUUGCUGGGGCGUCAGUCGCAAGGUUUCCUGGAGGUUCUUUGGAUAUUUUGUUGAGUAAAAACCUGCAGCCAUGUCGCCUUUCCUACGGAUUGGCUUCUCCACUUUUGAGAUGGAUCCCGGUCUGGCCUACCAUGAAGAGGUGCUGAACCCGUACUGUGCGGUUUACAUGAAAGAGGCCAUCGACACAGAAAAGGGCCAAGUCUACAAGCAGAAGAAGCCCACCAUGUACCCGCCGUGGAGCACCACGUUUGAUGCCCACGUCCAUCGCGGUCGCAUCAUGCACGUGAUGGUGAAGGACCGGACAGCAGAGCUGAAGUCCGAGGCCACGGUGGCUCUGGACACCCUGGCAACACGAUGCAAGAAGGAGAACGGCAAGCUGGAGAUCUGGCUGGAGAUGAAGCCACAGGGCCGCCUGCGGAUGGAGGCCAGGUAUUAUCUGGAGAAAAGUGACACUCCAGGUCAGACUGAGGAAGAUCCGGAGGCCGAACUGGAGCGAGAGGGAUUAUUCGCCCUCCACCAGCGGCGAGGCGCCAUCAAACAGGCCAAAAUCCACGUCGUCAAAUGUCACGAGUUCAGCGCCACGUUCUUCCCUCAGCCGACCUUCUGCUCCGUCUGCAAAGAGUUUGUCUGGGGUCUCAACAAGCAGGGUUACCAGUGCAGACAGUGCAAUGCGGCUAUUCACAAAAAAUGCAUCGACAAAGUCAUUGCCAAAUGCACCGGUUCAGCCAUCAACAGCAAAGAAACAAUGAUCCACAAGGAGCGCUUCAAGAUCGACAUGCCCCACAGGUUUAAAGUGUACAACUACAAAAGUCCCACUUUCUGUGAACACUGUGGUACUCUGCUGUGGGGGCUCGCCAAGCAGGGGCUCAAAUGUGAGGAGUGCAGCAUGAACGUCCAUCAUAAAUGCCAGAAGAAAGUAGCCAACCUCUGUGGGGUCAACCAGAAACUGAUGGCCGAAGCUCUGGCCAUCAUCGAGACUAAACAGCAGGCCAAAAGCAUCAAAGAAUCUGACAUCAUUGGUCGAGAAGGUCCAGUAGGUAUCGGCCAACCCGGAGUGGUCCGAGCUCCGUCUGGGUUAGUGACGGGUGUCUCAGCCACAGCUACACCUGCAAGCAAAGAUGUGCAGGGUGUCUCAUGGGACGGACCAGCUGACGGCAACAGUUCGAUCGCAGAGGAGCUGACAGACGAGGAGCCUCUGUACGCCGUCCCCAGGAAGGACCACCACCCGAAAUUCACAGUCGAUGACUUCAUCCUGCACAAGAUGCUUGGGAAAGGCAGCUUUGGCAAGGUGUUUUUAGCAGAGUUGAAAAAAAGCGGGCGCUUCUUCGCGGUGAAGGCUCUGAAAAAGGACGUGGUGCUGAUGGACGAUGACGUCGAGUGCACCAUGGUCGAGAGGAGGGUUCUCUCUUUAGCUUGGGAGAAUCCUUUCCUCACGCACCUUUACUGCACCUUCCAGACUAAGGAGAACCUCUUCUUCGUGAUGGAGUAUCUGAAUGGAGGAGAUCUCAUGUUCCACAUCCAGAACUGCCACAAGUUUGACCUGCACAGAGCCACCUUCUAUGCAGCUGAGAUCAUCUGUGGGCUCCAGUUUCUGCACUCGAAAGGAAUCAUUUAUAGGGAUCUGAAGUUGGAUAACGUGCUGCUGGACUCCGAGGGUCACAUAAAGAUCGCAGACUUUGGCAUGUGUAAGGAGAACAUGCAGGAAGACUUGCGGACAUCCACCUUCUGUGGGACGCCUGACUACAUCGCUCCUGAGAUCCUGCUCGGUCAGAAGUACAACAGCUCUGUGGACUGGUGGUCGUUUGCGGUUCUGCUGUACGAGAUGCUGAUCGGUCAGUCUCCGUUCCACGGCCGCGAUGAAGAGGAGCUGUUUCAGUCCAUACGAACAGACAACCCCGUUUAUCCCCGCUGGCUCACCAAAGACGCCAAGGACAUUCUGGUCAAGCUGUUUGUUCGUGAGCCCGAGGAGCGUCUGGGAGUGAAGGGAAACAUCAGAGAGCACAAUUUCUUCAGCAGCACUGACUGGAAAGCUCUGGAACAACGACAGGUGGCGCCGCCCUUCAGGCCAACUUUAACGUCGGCCAGCGACUGCAGCAACUUUGACAAAGAGUUCAUCAACGAGAAGCCGCGGCUGUCGUGCGGCGACCGGACGCUCAUCAACAGCGUCGACCAGACGAUGUUCAGAAACUUCUCCUUCGUCAACCCGGGGAUGGCUCGCAUCCAAGCGCGCUGACCUAACGCGACCAGCAACCUACUACCUACAAAAACAAGCCGCUCAGUCACAACCAGCACUUAACUGUAACUGAAUCAAACUGCAGAGACUUUAGACCGUGAAUGUCACAAAACUCAACUGUAUCCGUCAACGUGAUGAUAACCACUAAACGAAGGGAGGUGUGUCCUGGGUGUGAAGGCACAUACAACGCAACUGUGACGGGAUCUUUGUCGCAUGUAUUAUCUGUCUAUCUCUGUUCUAAAGUAUUGACUAAAAAAGGUCUUCACGGAGACAAAGAGGCAAAGAUACACCAAGACUCUUUACGUGAAACAGUCCAUCAUGAUGUUGCACAUAUGAUUUGUUAAAUAUGUACAGCAGUGGCAUGAACUUUUCUCACAGUGUUCGUUAAACUCCAAGACAAACGUAGCCAAUUCCUUCAGUUUAAAAGCGUAGAAUUAUGUAUAGAAAUCCCCUUCACUUGCCCUUGUGAUCAUCAAUAUAAAAUGUACUAGAAUUAUAAUACUUUAUGAAGUUCAACUAAAGCAAACUGAGAAAUUUGGUGACACCGUAUUAAAUAUAUUGUCCUGUUAUUGUUUCAUUUCCCGCCCGAUUCCAGAGCUUCAGAGUCCUUUACCUCCACGUCGGGCACCGAUGUUAAAAACUGAUUUUAGCAUCACUCGCGUCGCCGUCGUUGUUGUAAAUAAAUGUAAUCUAAUUCUGUGGAUAUAUUGCACUGUGAGCUGGAUGUAGAUCUGUUAAUGUGUAGCAGAGUUCAAUUACAGGGUUUUUGUUUACGUGUGUUUUCUUAUCGUACCUCAGGAGUUUUAUUGAUGCCGUCUUUUGAUUCAGGUACUUCGAUCCCUGCAUACUGUAGUUUUGUUAUUGUUCUCUUCAUUGUGAAUGCUGUACAAUAAAAUGUGUGUGUUUUUUUUAA